AUGAGAGCGUCCCACCGGCUGGCCUCCGUCAAGCAAAAGCCACUCGCCAAGUCACUAUCCAAAGUCCUCGCUGGAACCCCCAAGACGAGACCGUCCCUAAAAGGGGAGAAGUCAUCGGUCAGCAGCAGACGCAUCGACAUUGUCAGCGAGCAACUCUGCGAGGAUGUCAUCAGCUAUCUCGCACCAACCCUAGAGCAGCACAAAGGCUGUACCAUCAUCGACUUCGAGCCCGGAGCAUGCCUCUUCUCAUCCCAUUUGCAUCGUCACCUCAAACCGAAGAAGCACAUCCUGGUAGAACCCGACCAGAAGUACUUUGAGCCAUUCGUCAAGCCUCUGCUGAAGCGGAAGGGCUCACGUUAUGUCCACUCUACCCUGACCAGCGCAACUCACCCUGCACUAAGAUGGGAUCAUGGUACCCGGAUCCAGCUGGAUCCACAGCUCCUGCCAGAGAGAAAGCCACUGCCCGACGGUGAUGAAAGACUGAUGAAGUUCGAUCCGAGCCUCCUGAUCAUUGGCAAUCUAGCUCGGCGAGGUAACCAGCGCAGAGUCUUUGUCAACGAUCGGACUUUCGAGCUGCAAAGGCUGGUUCUGUUUGCAAUGGCCAAAGAUUUGCUGUCCAAGUCUGGAUUCUUCGAGGCUGGCCUUGUCCGUAUGCUUUGGUGGCUGCCAGAUCUGGCGAAGCCAUCAGCCAUGUCCGCGAACUUGCCCAACAACAGAUCGUCAUUCAACGUCGGGCUCGACACUGCUUUCACCACCUCCGAGGUGUCAGGUGUGAAGCCGAUGAGCUCACUGCUUGAUACACACUACAACAAGCAGGCGAGGCGACUCGAGGAGCUUGAUGUCCUGAUGGCCCAGCAAACCGCAUUAAGGGCGAAGUCAACCACUUCCACACCGGAACGCUCCGUGAAGAGGAGACUACCAAAGGCAGACAGGUUCACGAAAGAGAUGAAGAAACGCGCUGCGGAAUUGCUCUCGCCGUUAGAUUCUCUUGCCGAGACAUCGGAAGAUCUCAGCACCAAGAUCGAUACCGUCUCGGCACGUCUCACGGAGAUCUCGAAAUGGGCCGGCACGUUCAGGGUGGCCAAGACCCGCGACGAAGACGUGAUAAGAUCCGCUCUCCAGACCCUGCAGUUUCCUCAGUGCAACUCCCUCGAUGCGAUACACCAUAACAUGAACACAAAGUCUGAAGACGAGUUCGCCAACGCCCGAAUGAUCGCGACCGUGGAUCUCGGUCUUCGAAUCAUCCAUCUCGAAGCCAGCGUAAAGGAGGUCGAAGACCGCGGUGUCACCAAGGAAGAGGAAGUCAAGAAACUCCAAACGCGCAUUCUCGCCAUCAACAAGCAGUUCAGAAAGCUGAUCCAGAAGGGGGGAGAAAGACUCAUGAAUGACGUGUCGCGUCUGUUAGAAGACCAGAUGGCCUGCUUCUCCCCGACGACCCUCCUCUCGUGGGACAACCGCUCCUACGAACCCCUUCAAGCCUCGCAGACCGACUUCUACCCCGAAACCGAAGUCGCCCUCCUCGACAUGAUGCCCAAGAGCGUCGACCUCUCCGUGCCCGACCUCGCAGACAGCGUCGAGAGCACCAAAGUCUUCGCCCAGCUCAUCACCAGUCUGCUCCUGAACAAGAAACAGCCCCUCCCCAUGGCUCUGGAGCGCAUCGCCGUCAACGCGGGCAAAGACCUCGUCCCGCAGGUCCCCGCCAUAACGGACGCGCGGAAAGGUGGACGUCUCGAUCCGAGGAAUGUGAGAGCCAGGAUGUUGACGACAGAGAUGCUGGAGGGGUUGGUGAAGGCGUGGUUCGAGUGGCCGUUUCGCCCACAGUCGUGGCAGCUUUCGCUUGCGACGGGGGAGGCGGAGACGGUGGAGCAGGCGAGGGAGAUUGAUGGGGAGGGCGAGAGCGGGGAGGAGGGAGAUGAAGAGCGUGAGGCGUGA